AUGUUUGAAAAGAUAUUAUUAUUUAUUUAUAUCGUGAAAGUCAGUAAUGCAGUUGUUAUUCAUACAUCAGAUAAAUACAAGAAGGAUUUAAUUAAACCCAAUUCACAAGGAUGGCAAACGGUCAAAAUGUACCACCCACCUCAGGCAUUCGGAUACAAAUACGAACCUUACGCCUACCCCAAAUAUGAAUUUGAAUAUUCAGUAUCAGACAAAAAUACUGGCGAUCACAAACAUCACAGCGAAGCUCGAGAUGGAGACCGAGUUCGUGGCGAAUACAGCCUUGUUCAGUCCGACGGCUCACUGCGGAAGGUGCAAUAUACUGCCGACGAUCAUAACGGGUUUAAUGCAGUAGUGAGCAGAAUAAUUAACAACCAUGGUGAUCACGCAGUUUCAGUUUCUGGCCAUACACAAUUUUUUUAUCCAGUAGGGCACAAUGUUAAGAUUAAUCAUUACUUUCCUGGAAAAGAUUACCAGUAUCAGGAAAUCAAAAUGUCCGACCACAAAAUCAGUAAACCGGUACAUGAAGAAACUGCUGUUAAUAACAAAGAUGUCAAAAUGGUCAUGAUAGACUCCGAAGAUAAGCUUUUGGCUAUAGAACCAAUGAAAGAAAAAGAAGAAAUUAAAGAUACUGCUCGUAAAGACGAAAAACUUGCGAUGCAAGUAGAUGUAACGGAGACCAUUCCUAUUCAGGUACUGCCUGCUGUAGAUCCAGUGAUACCAGAUAAUAGCAAUGACGAAAAAGUUAACGCGGAACCCCUAAACUCUGUAUCAAUGGAUCAGAAUUCUAACAUUUCGCCUGCAAAGGAAUUAUCAACAGAAAACGAAAUCCAAAACCUCAACGAAAAGGAAAAUAGCGAUUCUGAGGUGGCGUCAUCAUUUUAUACUACCAAAUAUUAUUAUGUAAUUCAAUAA